AUGCUGCGAGCUGCCUUGGCAUUGGCCUUUCUACUGUUUCUUGGAACUCGUUUCGCCGAGAUCAAGAUCCCCCAAAAGGUACAACUGUUGCUCGGCAUCGACAGACCCCUCGUGCGCAUCGUCCAGCAGUUCCCACCGGGGACGUGGAUCAACGACAUUGCCGUCGAUCAUGAUGGGCAACUACUCGUCACCUUUGCUUCAGCGCCAGAAGUCUGGUUAGUUGGACCAGAAGGUAACAUUGCGAAGUUGGUUCACCGAUUUGAAGGCACGACAUCUGCCUCCGGGAUUGCAGAGCUGAAAGACGAUGUCUUCGUUGUGACAGCCGGCAACUGGUCUGUCGAGAGGCUGGGCGAGCGAGGGUCGUGGAGCAUGUGGACCAUCAACACGAGCCCUCACAAGCACGACGCAGCCAAUAUCACCAAAGUCGCGGAUGUGCCGGAGCUACGCAGUCCAACAGGCAUCGCUGCCCUCCCGUCGAAGACCGAGGCGGUCGUCGUCGCAGACGCAUCGACUGGAAUGGUAUAUCGCAUCGAUGUCUGGACCGGCGAGCGUACUGUCAUCCCUACAGACGCGCUCUUGGAACCGACAGAGUAUGCGCCCGUCUGGUUGGGCGUCUCGAGCAUUGCUGUUCGUAACUUAACUCCGUCACGAGAAAGGUCUGGAACUGAAGACAAGUGGUACCUCUACUUUACACGAACCUUCGGCGAUCCUUCACUCGGCCGCAUAUCGCUCAACGUCCACGGCGAGGAGGCCGGCAAAGCUGCUGCGCCGGCAGAAGAGAUCGUGCGUCGGACGCCGGGGAAUGUCGAGGUGAAUGACUUCGCCAUCGACCGCGAAGGCACCAUUUGGCUCGCGGCGAGCAUCUCCCACGGCAUAUUGAGUGUUGAUGAGAAGAGUCAAGCGCAGAUACCAGUAGAGCUUAGCGGGAAUAACGCAAUAGGCGCAGCGACAGCUGUUGCGUUUGGCAGGAGGUCGAAAGAUCGCGACAUACUGUACGUAGCGACGAGGGAGGGGGUUUCACGGCCAAUUGCUGGGAAUGAGUGGGCUGCGAAGAUAGUAGCGAUAGAUACUUCGCAGCUGCGGAUACAAUCAAGAGAAUAUUGA